AUGUCGGCGACCUUGAGUUUAUUUGGCGUGCAUGAAGAUGACCUGCCUAUGUCGCCAGACUUAGAGCCCACAGAAGAUAUUGUGCCUGAGCAGAUCCCUUCCAUUUUGGAUCAGCGCGCAUGCAUUGUGUACUCAACAGCACCGGACGUGGAGCCACGUGUUGUGUCUACCAGAGACCUUGAAAGCGAUACCCAGGCGCAACAGGAAUACCGCAUACAUCUUCGGCUUGAUAUGACGAACGGGUGCGGUGGUAAGAUUUGGCCGGCUGCAGAGGUGCUCGGUGCAUACAUUGCCUCAAUGCCUUCGCGGUAUGCGCCCCAUGCAACCGACUUGGCCUUAGCGCAGCAUCCAUGGCGGGGCAAGACAGUCGUGGAGCUAGGAAGUGGAACGGGUCUUAUAGGGUUCCUGGUUGCCAAGAUUGGUGUAGGCUGCAAGACAUGGAUUACCGACCAAGUGCCGAUGCUGCCGCUGAUGGAAGAGAACGUGACGCUGAACCCUGACAUGGUGGAUGCAUGCCAUGUCGCUGAGCUCAAUUGGGGCGAAACAAUACCGGAGAAUGUUCCAUCCAAGCCUGAUGUGAUCCUGCUCGCUGACUGCGUCUAUCGGGAAGAGGCAUUUCAGCCGCUGGUUGAUACGUUGUGCAUGUUGUCGACACCUAGCACCGAGAUCCUUUUUUGCUAUCACAAACGGCGUCGUGCAGACAAGCGCUUUUUCCAGCUACUAAAGCAUCAUUUCACCUAUGAAAACGUGAAUGAUGAUGACGAGCGGCGCCGACGAGCAUACCAGACUAGCGGGACGUUCCUUAUGCGGUUUACCAAGCGUGCCUAG